UGGCAGUACUGAUAUGAAGGUCGAUGUAUGGCGUGAUGGGAUCGGUUGUCACGGAUUAUCAAUAUUUAAAGUUUGGUGGUAACACAGGUAUUUGCUAAACUUGUGAAAAGGCGAUAUGUAUUGAAAUAUUUGUUUUGCAGGCUUUCAAAUAUCGAGAUAACCGGUUUGUCCAAGUUGCUGUCUCAUGGUUGUGAAGUCCUAAUUGUAGUGUAACUCACCAUUCGCAAUUUUAUGUUGGACAAUGUCGUCGAUACUUCUUAAGUUACCAGAACUUUAUUCGUCAUACAGGAAUUGGGUGAGCCAGAACCCUCAAGUGGCGGGAGAUUUUGAAUCUACUGUCAAAUGGUUAUCAUAUUUCAUUGCAGGGAGGAUCAACACAUCUAAUGUCCUGUCAGAACUGGUGUACUGUCUGUCGAACCUCCUCGUCCUCUUCAAUGAUCGUAUCAUUCAUAAUGCCAGGAGACUGCAGGCAGUGGGUUCUGGAGAGAAACUUAAGACUUGGCUCACUGUAAUUGACUACUCAGAAGUAUUUAUUGAAGUGUCUGCUAGAAGGAUGUGGGGUGAGAAAGGAAAAUGGCUGAUUGUGAUUGUUCUACAAAUUUUCAAGUGUGCAGGUCGAUUAUUGCUCCUAUUUUAUCACAAGGAUAAUAUUAUUCAAAGCCCCUCUAUGCCACCAUUACGACGGAAGAAGGCGCGUGAGGAUUCGCAUGUAGAGGAGUCUCGGAUCCGACUUCAGUCCGCAGCUUUCACCUUGAAACGCUCUGGCAGAAUUGUCAGGCGUGUGACUGCAGCUCCUCCGACAAGCUGUCGAACAUGGCGACCCCUCCUACCACCCAAUAAUAAUGCCGAAGAAGAUGGUGUUCCUGACCAAACUCUUUCUGGCAAGAUGCUAAUAGCUGAGGUUCUGUAUGUUGUCAAACCCGUCGCACAUCUCUGUUCUAUGAUGCUGUUUGGGCAGAAGGAUUGGAAGCCGUGGCUGCUGGCUCUCUCUGCGGACCUCGCCAGCUUGCAGUUGUAUGGGACCAAACAUAAAGAGCGACAUAUGAGCCGUAAGCAACGUCUGGAACUGUCUCGCCGCACCAUCUCUCUCUUGCUCUACCUGUUACGUUCCCCAUUUUACGAGCGGCACAGCAGCGAUCGCCUUCAGGCCGUACUUCGCGACAUGUCGGCAAACGUGCCUCUGGCCCGCGUUUUAUGCAACCCCAUAGCGCAGUACAUCCCGCAGUGGCAAGACACGUACUUCUAUAUGUGGUCGACUUAAUUGCUGAAGUGGUGAGUGUGGUUUACGGAAGUUCUUUUAUUCCAGAACAGCUGAGACGAAUGGCGACACUUCGAGCAACAGUUCUUCUUGGUAAAAUGUGUGGGUAUCUCGUUUGUUGAGCGGCCAAGUAAAUAUAUGUUUGUUCAUUUAUGCAUUUAUGUUCACAUGUACUAUUUCUUUUUGAAAAAAAGAAAGAAAAGGUAUAGAAAAAUUUCCCUCCUGUCCUUCCCCGCAUCAUUUGUUGUAACUUCAGUUAUUUGUUCAUUGUUUAUCUUUUAUACUGUAUCUUAAUUCUGAAGGUUUUUGACGAUGUUGAGUCGUCGAAGCAAACUAUUUUCUGGACGUUAUCUGUCAUUCCAGACUUAAUGAGGCACGGCAUUUCAGAGAUUGGAAUCUAUCUCCAUCUUCAGGUAUUACCUGCUCCGGUCCGGAGAUAGGGACUGGCUCUAUCGAUUGGGUCCCACGGAGUACGUUAAUAUUGCCCAGAAAGUAGUUUGUUUUUAUUCUGUAUGUUUAUUUUAAUUAGUUGUUCUAAUUUCAAGUUUUAAUCAAUUCAUGUUUUAAUAAAGACGUGGAAAAUACUACACGAUUCUAAACUA